CUUGUCUCAGAUUCAAGGAUUGAUUUGAUGAUCAAAAACCCUGUGGGCGAUCAUUGGAGAGAUGCAGACACAGAAGCCAAAAUUAGAGCCCGUCUCUGGACAGGAUUCGACGUCUUUGAAGCUACCAUCAGAGAUAUCAAGACUGCGGUAGACGAUGUGACAACACGCAUUGAUUCUCAAUAUGGAACGAAUGUCUCGAAGCUCAAGAAGGCAGUUUUUACUUGAGUCGAUCAAAAUACGCCGAUCUCUUGUCAAUAAUCAGAGAAGGCAUAUCUAACCUUGAAAAUCUAACGGAUCGAAAGAUUGAACUUGAGCCAGCGAGACGAGUCCGUUCCUGAGUGAAGCUCGUCACCAUUCUCCGAGAUAUGUCCCAAAGCUUAUAUCAAGCAUUGCAAUCUAGCUUGAACUGUCCUUGCGAACAUGACUUGAGUUUACGACUGGAAAUUCGUUCAGAUGACGUGCCCUCAAAUAACGAUAACGAAAGGACAAUGGACCACAUUGAAUUUCAACUCGCGGUGUCAUACAUGACUCCAACUAUCGACCCUAGUAGACGUCUAGUUGACGAUCGAAAUUGGGAAGAGGUCAUGAUCAAGGCGGCCACGGCGACCAGAACAACAUCGUUUUAUUCAGUAAUUUCAGCACCUACUACGCAAUCAAUGAAAGCCCAAGGCAAGCGAAGUAUUGGGUUCUCCAGCUUAGCCGCAAUUUUAUCAUCUACCAAUACUCAGGCACCAAGACAGAUGUCUCCAUGGAUGUACUUACAUCUAUGACCACUAUUACAUUGGGAGUAUCCGUUAGGAUUGGAAAAUUCUGCGACCUACCUGAACCUUUGCGAGAAGAUAAGAAGGGCUCAUAAAGAGAAAAAAACCGACACCUAUGGAACUAUUAUCGACAAGUCAUCCCAAACCACAAGAAGAUACGGUGUGUAUCCUGUCCCGACUACAAGGGACUAAAAUACCCGGACUUGGUCUAUUAUCUCUUUAGGGGAGGCUCUAGAGGGGAACAAAUGUAUUUCAUCCCUGUCAUAUCAAGACCGUCUGAGGCUUGCGGUGGACAUCUCUUCCAGCAUUCUCCAGCUCCACGGAAGUCUUUGGCUUCCAGACACGAUCAGCAGCCGCGAAAUCUAUUUCUUCUGGAAACAAAGCUACCCACUCUACGACAACCCUUUCGUGAUGGCGGCCCUUCCGAACAACGGUCUAAGAGGCUCCUAGACCAGGUAUGGAUGACUAGUUCGAACUAUGGGACUGCCGUCAUGCGAUGUCUUGAUGGCGAGUUGCACAGCCAUAAUCUUAGCUUCCACAACGAAGACUUUUGCCAAGAAGUGCACUCAGGAGGAGUUGUCGCUCUGCUUUUGAAGGAUCUUGAAAAUUCAUCAAGUUGAAGAGCAUGAGUGGUUGAAAUUCAUAGAAAAGUGUCG